UUUCCCCACUGACUCCGUAUCCGCGCGAUGAAGGAAUCCGGUUCCAGGUUUUGAGCGCAGCCCGUCUCUCACAUCUGAGCUCGGCUCGCGCAGAGAGAAGUCCCUCAGCCGCGGGCCGCUGUCUCUCCGGCUGGAACGGGACUCAACAAACCUGAAGAAGCGGCGCAAAGGACUGACAAAAAUAAAGAGGACUGCUUUUAUUUGUUUAUUUUUCCUCGCGUUCCCUUUUUUUUUUUUUUUUUUUGCUCUUUUUUUUUUUAUUAGUUGCCUUGCAAAGGGGUCCGCGUCCCCUCUCUCUCUCCUCCAGAAGGACGGACUCUUUCACUGUACCCGCAUCUCUUCAUCCCGACGCGGCGGAGCGCAGCACUGAGCGCGGCUCUGCGGGAAUGUGAGCGCUCGCGCCGAGAAAAGCGCUCGCAUGAGCGGAGCAUGUGUGCGUUGUGCGCUGAGACGCGCUGCUGCUGUUCGAAGACCUCAACUGAUUAAUUCACUUUCCGUCUGAUUUUUCUUCAACUGUCCGCGCAGUCACACAAGGCUCGGAGGUCAAUGAUGGUUAUCUCUCAGCGUGACCGCGCUGGAUCGUUGUGACUACAGUGAUUUCGACCCAGACAUGUGGAAAGCGGAGAGUCCAGUCAGAGCCAGGAUGGGAUGUUCAGAAUGGAAGUCUUUGGUCCUCUGCGGCCUGGUGUUCGUCUUGACGGUUGUACAGAGUUCUGAUGGGUUCAGUCGGGCAGCCAUGCCGUUCGGUCUGGUGAGGCGGGAGCUGUCUUGCGAGGGUUACCCCAUCGACCUACGCUGUCCAGGAAGUGAUGUCAUCAUGAUCGAGACUGCCAAUUACGGCCGGACAGACGACAAGAUCUGCGAUGCUGACCCCUUUCAAAUGGAGAACAUCAACUGUUAUCUGCCCGAUGCAUUCAAGAUCAUCUCUCAAAGGUGUAACAACAGAACGCAGUGCAUCGUCAUCACUGGACCAGAUGUUUUUCCUGACCCCUGUCCAGGAACAUAUAAGUACCUCGAAGUCCAGUAUGAAUGUGUUCCCUAUAUUUUUCUUUGUCCCGGAACUCUGAAAGCCAUUGGAGAUCCGUCGUUUCUGUACGAGGCAGAGCAACAAGCGGGGUCGUGGUGCAAAGAUCCUCUCCAGGCAGGAGACAAGGUUUAUUUCAUGCCCUGGACCCCUUACAGAACAGAUACACUUAUCGAGUACAACUCGCUCGACGACUUUCAAAACUCUCGACAGACUACGACGUAUAAACUCCCCCAUCGGGUCGAUGGCACGGGAUUUGUGGUAUACGAUGGCGCUGUGUUUUUUAACAAAGAAAGGACACGUAACAUUGUCAAAUUUGACCUUCGGACCAGAAUUAAAAGUGGGGAGGCAAUUAUAAAUAAUGCCAACUAUCAUGACACCUCACCAUAUAAGUGGGGCGGGAAAACAGACAUCGACUUGGGAGUUGAUGAAAACGGUCUUUGGGUGAUCUACGCCACCGAGCAGAACAAUGGCAUGAUGGUGAUCAGUCAGCUCAAUCCCUACACCCUUCGCUUCGAGGCCACCUGGGAGACCACCUACGACAAGCGAUCGGCCUCCAAUGCUUUUAUGAUCUGCGGAGUUCUGUAUGUGGUCCGAUCCACGUACGAAGACAAUGAGAGCGAAUUGAGUAAGAGCCUCAUCGACUACAUGUACAACACCAAACUGAACCGAGGCGAAUACACCGACAUCCACUUCCCCAACCAGUACCAGUACAUCGCCGCUGUGGAAUACAACCCUCGAGACAACCAGCUGUACGUGUGGAAUAACUUCUACAUCCUCCGGUACAAUCUGGUGUUUGGUCCACCUGAUCCAGCACACGCACCACCUAUCUCAGAGGCAUCCACCUCACCCAAGUUACUAAAACCAACAACCACUACAACAACCACUACUCAGCCGAGAGGUCAGGUGACAACUGUUACCACUACAGGGACCAGAGCUGUUAAUAAGACACCCAAAUCACCAGCUGUACUUCCCCAAACUACCACCCCACCCUCACUGGAGUCUUUCCCUCCACCUGAGCGCUUCUGUGAGAGCGUAGAGCUCAGGGACAUACUGUGGCCACAGACGCAGAGGGGCAUGCUGGUGGAGCGACCCUGCCCCAAAGGAACUCGAGGCACUGCCUCCUACCUAUGUGUUCUCUCCACUGGAUCCUGGAACCCAAAAGGCCCAGAUCUGAGCAACUGUACGUCCCACUGGGUGAAUCAAGUUGCUCAAAAGAUCCGUAGUGGGGAAAAUGCAGCCAACCUGGCGAACGAGCUGGCCAAACAUACCAAAGGAGCCAUCUUUGCCGGUGACAUUAGCUCUACCAUGAGGCUCAUGGAGCAGCUGGUGGAUAUUUUAGAUGCUCAGUUACAGGAACUGCGACCCAGCGAGAAAGACUCCACCGGCCGCAGCUUCAAUAAGCUUCAAAAGCGAGAAAGGACGUGCAGGGCAUAUAUGAAGGCUAUCGUGGAUACAGUCGACAACCUCCUCAGACCGGAGGCUCUGAAAUCAUGGCGAGAUAUGAAUACCACAGAGCAGACGCACGCCGCGACUAUGUUACUGGACACCCUUGAGGAAGGAGCCUUUGUCCUCGCUGACAAUUUAAUGGAGCCGGCCAUCGUGAAAGUACCAGGCAGUAAUAUAAUUCUGGAUGUUUACGUGCUGAGCACAGAUGGGCAGGUUCAGGAUUUCAGGUUUCCCCAGAGCGGCAAGGGUGGUAUUUCUAUCCAGUUGUCUUCCAAUACGGUCAAACUCAACAGUCGUAAUGGUGUUGCCAAGUUGGUUUUUGCCCUCUAUAGGAACCUGGGGCAGUUUCUAAGCACGGAGAAUGCGACGUUGAAGCUCGGCCACGAAGCUAAUGGACGCAACCUUUCUGUGGCUGUGAAUUCUGACGUCAUUGCCGCCUCCAUAAACAAAGAAUCCAGUCGUGUAUUUAUAUCGGAGCCUGUGAUUUUCACCCUGGAGCACAUCGACAUGCAACAUUACUAUAACUCCAACUGCUCUUUCUGGAACUACUCUGAGAGAACCAUGAUGGGAUACUGGUCCACCCAGGGCUGCAAACUCAUCCACGCCAAUAAAAGUCACACCACCUGCUCCUGUAGUCAUCUCACUAACUUUGCGGUGCUCAUGGCUCAUCGAGAGCUGCUGGGUGCAGAUAAAGUCCAGGAGCUGUUGUUGAGCGUCAUCAGUCGUGUGGGUAUCGUGGUGUCCCUCAUCUGUCUGGCCAUGAGCAUCUUCACCUUUUGUUUCUUCCGUGGGCUGCAGAGUGACAGGAACACGAUCCAUAAGAACCUGUGCAUCAACCUUUUUAUUGCUGAGCUCAUCUUCCUCAUCGGAAUCGACAUGACGGAGCCCAGGAUGGCCUGCUCCAUAAUUGCAGGAAUCCUGCAUUACUUUUUUCUGGCAUCUUUCGCAUGGAUGUGUUUGGAAGGGGUUCAGCUCUAUCUGAUGCUGGUUGAUGUCUUCGAGAGUGAAUAUUCACGCAGAAGAUAUUUCUACAUGGCGGGAUACCUCCUCCCCGCUGUGGUCGUGGGCGUUUCCGCUGCCGUAGACUACAGGAGCUAUGGGACUAAGAAAGCAUGCUGGCUCAGGAUGGACAAUCACUUCAUCUGGAGUUUCAUUGGGCCCGUCACCUUCAUUAUCAUGCUCAAUCUCAUCUUCCUGCUCAUCACGAUGUACAAAAUGAUGAAACACUCUACAUCGCUGAAACCUGAUUCCAGCCGGCUGGAGCACAUCAACUAUGAAGAUAAUAAACCAUUUAUCAAGUCGUGGGUCAUGGGCGGCUUUGCUCUGCUGUGUCUCUUGGGCCUGACCUGGUCAAUUGGGUUGUUCUUCAUCAGCGAGUCGUCUGUUGUCUUAGCGUACCUCUUCACCAUCUUCAACACUUUCCAGGGCAUGUUUAUCUUCACUUUCCACUGCCUGCUUCAGAAGAAAGUUCGGAGAGAGUACAGCAAAUGUUUCCGACACUCGUACUGCUGUAGCGGGAUCACGACUGAGAGCUCGCACAGCUCCACAAAGACCUCAACAACACGGACAAGCGCUCGCUAUUCCUCUGGUACUCAGAGUCGAAUCAGAAGAAUGUGGAACGACACAGUCAGAAAACAGUCCGAGUCCUCUUUCAUCUCAGGAGACAUCAACAGCACAUCCACCCUCAACCAAGGAAUGACGGGCAAUUAUCUUCUUACUAACCCUCUUCUGAGACCACAAGGCACUAAUAACCCCUACAACACCUUACUGGCUGAAACUAUCGUAUGUAACACACCAACGGUGCCAGUCUUUCACUCUCCAGUGACCUACAGAGAGACAAGACACUCGGUGACCAGCGGCAGAGAUACGAACACGUUCGGGACUCUACCACUCAAUGGCAACUUUAAUAACAGCUACUCACUUCAUAACUACAGCGACAGUGUGGAUUGCGGGCUCAGUCUCAAUGAAACAGCCUUCGAGAAGAUGAUCAUCUCUGAGCUUGUGCACAACAACCUCAGGGCAGCUGAGUCCCGGAUCAGCACCAAAAAGGGGGCGGGGAUCAGCAGAGGGGAGGAGCCUGUGGUCGCGGAGACGUCGUCCCUUGUGCAGGUUGGCGGGGACAGCGAGAUGGACGGUCUGGGGCUGCACCACACGCAUCCCCGCACACUCGAAGCCCCCCUCAUACCCCAGCGAACUCACUCGCUCCUGUACCACACGCAGGAGAGAGCGAGGGCCGACACGGACGGGGGCCCUUCGCAUCCCCACAUCGGCCAGCUCCCACCUCCGGCUGAAACCGCCCUGCCCUCGCCCAACAGAGACUCGGUGUACAACAGCAUGCCAAACCUCAGAGACUCGCCAUUCUCGGAGAGCAGUCUAGACGUUGGCCAGGACCUCUCGCCAUCCAAACACAGUCCGAACGAAGACGUUUACUAUAAAAGCAUGCCCAACCUGGGGUCAGACCAGCAGCUGCACGCGUAUUAUCACAUGAGCAGAGACAGUAGCGAGGGCCUCAUAAUCCCCGUCUCUAAAGACGCUUGUGUCCCCGAGGGGGACGUACGAGAGGGACAAAUGCAGCUGAUCACAAGCCUUUAAAACAAACUGUAAGGACCGCCCACCAUGUACACAGCCCCGCCCAUCCAUCAGUGGCAGAGUGGUCUUCCUUUUUAAGCCGCCCACAUAACUGCACACAUGUACUGCUGUUGUCCAACGAGUUACAGGCAGGCCCAGACGAAAUCUGCAGACUUUUAAUCUCAUUUUAGAAAGUCUUCUUCCUUAAAUUCACUGACUUCAAACAGGGUAUAACAACUCUCUUUUUCACCCACAUUUCUCAGCACUUGCUGUGUUCCCUGUCGAAAAUGCUAUAUUAUAAUUUUUUUUUUUUAUCAAUUAGCACAAGUUUUGAAUGAAAAUUAUCCACAAAUAAUGCUUUUCAUUCAAAAACUGAGGCGAAUAAGCCAGGGUUGCCAGGUCUUUGUAACAAAACCACCCCAUGUGAAAUGCAAAACUAGCCAAAUCAAGGCUAAAACAAGCCCAAUAGCAGCAAUUGGAAAUCAGAAUUACACCAAAAUCGUGUUUCAUGGUGGUCAUACUUGAUCAAAAUCACAUUCCAGGGGGGAAGUGAAUUUAUCUUUAACCCACAGCCAAAAACUAAAUAAAAAUAAAUGCGGCAAUAGUAUAAAAGUAAGUGUUGACUUGGCAAUGAACCCUACAAUCAUCUAGUUCCAAAAAGAAACAUAAAAUCUGUUCCAUCUGAAAGAAAACAAUUGGACAGAAAGAUUGAAUCCGAGACUUGAUGAUGAUAAAAAAUAACAUGACAUUAAACAAUUGUUAAAUGGCUGGCAACACCACAUUAGGUAAAGGAUUUUCAGCACAGCACAAGAAUUAAGGUUUAUGCUCAAAAGAAAAGAAAAAAAAAGAAAAGACAUUUACCAAUGGGGUAAGAAAUAUCUUCAUUCAAGACAUUUUGUAAAAAUAAAUAAAUAAAUAAACAAAAAGCUUUUUUUCCUGGAAACCAAGACAGAAAACUAAUAAGGAAAUAUAUUUUUUGCAAUAUUUAAAUGUAACCCUGUUUUUGUUAGCUGAAUAUAAGCCACAAUUAUUUAAUAAGCAAACAAGCAACGGUCAGAUGAAGUCGAACUUUGUGAUUGAGGGCCUUCUAGUUUUGAAGAAAUCUCCAGUCUUCUGUGGUUGCAGAUUCCGUGUGGGCCUGGUUAUAGAUAUACAGUUUCACACUUAAAAAAAUAAAUACAUAAAAUUAAGCCAAAAAAAAAUAAAGUCUUUCUCGUUCCAGUGCAUACGUUUCUCAAAGGAUGUACAUAUGUUCACAUAUUUCUCUUUUGAAUGCAAUUUUGCUUUGUCUUUUUUAUUAUACACAAAAAGGGAAUUUCCAGGACCUUAAGACGUGCAGAGGUUGUCCUGACUGAACUCAAGGAGUCCUGUAACACCCUUUACAAGCAUCAACAAUAUCCCAUAUGACCACUAGCAAACAAAUCUUUGCCUUAUAUUUUCUCGAUCAUACACGGAACUGUCAAGGAUAAUGACAUAACAUAGAACAAUAUAUUUUGUUGUACUGAUUGUGUAAAAUAAAUUGCUAUGAAAUAAUCAAGAGCAACCCCAAACAUAAAGCAAAUGAAGAGAUUUUGAAAACAAGAUGAAUAUGUAAAAAGAUUUGAUGAGGUAUGCCGUAAAAGACAUCAAAAUACCUCUGCCCUGUUCAUGAAAAUGGCUUUGCCCCUUUAGAUCAGUUCAUUUUAGUAGAUUCUCAUGUUCUCGUGCCUUGCACACAUUUAUUUUGUGCAAAUCUGUGCAAAGCAUGAAAAAUGUAGCGACUGAAGGUCGCAGCUGAGCAUGAAGGAUCUUCUUCUUCAAAGACAUGUUACUGCAGCUGGGGUUGGAUAUUUAUUUAUUAAAUUAUUCUUUAAAAAUGAUACUUUUUGUGAAUAUUUUACAGCACUGGUCGACGUAGUUCAUCCUCAUAAGCAUAAUUAUGAAACCCAUCUUUGAUAAACAUGUUAAGGAGCCCAUCUCUACAAAAGGAUGUAAAGUUCUACACUUGUUUAACAAUAAAUAAAUGUGAAUUUUUGUCUAAUUGAA